AUGGACAACGCUGCCAGUGCUUAUAAGUGGUGGAAUGGUAUGGAUCGAUCGCUGUUGUUCGGGCAAAUUGCGGCCGGCUUCCCGGACUCGAGAACAUGCCUGCUUCACCAGAAACUUCAAAUGCUCAACAUUUGCAUGGAACGCAGGAGGAUCCGCGAGGGAGGACUGCCCUUCGCAAUGACUGGCGGUGGGGCGAUGGAGUCCCGCGAGGGAAACCACGAGUCGGAGGAUGAGUUCUUCGAUUGCUCGGACGAUGAGAGAGACGAGAAUGAAUCCAAGCGGCGCCACGCAGCGUGGAACCAACCGGUGGGCCGUCUCUCGAAGCUAGGCAAAAUGCUGCUGGUCGAUUCAGAUGAACCGCUCUACAUACCGAUCACCCAGGAACCGGUACCGAAAACCGAAGACCAGCUGGAAGACGAUGCGGAGGUAAUGCUGAAACUAGGUCCCGGCAGUGAGCUGUGUACGCAGAUGAUGAGUGCCUCGCUCCUAUCGGACAUGGAGAGUUUCAAGGCAGCCAAUCCGGCUGGCAAGCUGGAGGAUUUUAUUCGCUGGUACAGUCCGAGGGAUUGGAUCGAAGAGGAUGUGGACGAGAGGGAUCCCUUCGGCAGGAAGGGACACUUGAGCUCGCGGAUGAUGAUCCCUGGCAAUACCUGGAAGACGGUUUGGGAAAAUGCUAGGCCAGUUCCGGCUAGACGUCAGCGGCGGUUGUUUGAUGAUGCUAAAGAAGCUGAGAAGGUGCUUCAUUAUAUCGAGUCGAGAACCAUCGGACAGAUCGCACAGCUAACGAUGUCAUCGCUGUUCCAUAGCUCCGUCAAAAUCUUAUCGAACGAAGCUGGAGUUGAUGGUGAGGUUAUUCCCAACUUUGCUGAAAACAUGGAAAAAAUCGUUAGUACAUGUUGCAAACUUUCGCGAGAAAAUUGGAUUACAAAUGCGCCAACUCCGCGUGGAAAUUCGUGGAAAAAGUAUGAAGCUCUACUUUCGGAUAUCACCCAACAGGAAAGCUUGAUUAUUCAAGUACGCAGCUUGAGAAAGAAGCUGUUUCCUGAAGAUGACGCUGGUACCGAAGAGCAGAACACAAUGGAUAAAGCAACAAAGGUGGAACUUUUAUCUCAACUGCUGAAAGCUUUCGAAGGCGAGCUUGACGGUGCAGCGAAAAGCAUGAUUGCGAAGCGAGUGCUGAAUAUGUUUACCGAUGCGAAGAAAGCUGCAAAUGAACAGGCGAACGAGCAAACUGUUGCGUUGUGUUUGCCUGAUCCGGUGGAAAAGCAAUUCACGAUGAGACUUGGAGGUCAAACUGUCAAUAAAGGAUUGGGAUCGCCACAGUUUAUGAGGGCAAUUUUGACUCACAACGAGUUUCGUCUUUGCGGAGCAUUCAGUCAAAAUACGACGUUUUACUGAACAGCGAAAUAUUAUUGCAUUCAAUUCCAUUUCAAUAUUUAAACAACGUGUAUUCUAAAAAUAAAAAUGUUACAGUAUAAAUUUCAAUUACGCGCAAAAUAGAAUUAGGGUUUGCAUACUUUUAAGCAAAACCCGCCAUCAAA